AUGCGCUGUGCAUCACGCCUCGUAGCCCUCACCGAUAGGGCGGUACUGCGAGUGUCAGGCGAGAACAGCGGACAGUUCCUUCAAGGCUUAUGCACACAGGACAUGCAGAGUCUGCAGAUCAUGCGGUCUGCGGGUCAUGCUGUUUUGCCCGCAGCUUUCCUAUCUCCCAAAGGCAAAGUACUUUGUGACACCUUGGUCCAGCAGGUGGACAAGCACGAAUUCCUGGUCGACUGCCAUGCAGAUUCGGCGACACCACUUCUUCGGCUGCUGCAACGUCAUCGCUUGCGACAACCACUGACUAUUGAGAAUGUCUCGAAAAGUUACGCGCCUUUUGCACUCCUGCCACCAGAAGCCGCAUCCGAAUCGUCGAGUGUCAGCACAGGCGACGAGCCAGAGCCAGAUCUCGCAAGUUUUUUCCCAGAUCCUCGUUUUGCGGGAAUGGGUCAGCGUGCAGUCCUUUCAAAAGAGGCGACCACGGUCACGCAGAUGACGCUAGCUGAUUACCAUCGUUGGCGUGUGUGCUGUGGAGUUCCGGAGGGUCCUCGUGACAUGAAAGUCGACGAGAUGAUGCCACUGCAUGUGAACAUGGAGCUGCUGAACUUUGUGUCCUUUUCCAAGGGCUGCUAUGUGGGCCAAGAGCUGCUGACACGGACCAAGCACAGGGGUGCUGUGCGGAGGCGCUUCUUCAUUGCUGUGGCUGCGGACUACGGGUCCAGCGAGGUGUCGAGCCUUCAAGAUGCUUUGGGGCAGCUCGAGCCCAGUCGUCCGUUGACAGCCCGCUGCAUCACAUCCACCGCAGAGUCUUUGCAGCCCGAAGCCUCUGAUGCCCUUGCCGUCUUCGCUAGGUCAAGACAAGAUCAGUCGGACCUGAAGCAAGUGGGAACUCUGCAGUCAAGCUUCCAGAACGUGGCCCUUUGCCUACUGCGGUGCGAUGGCGACUUCAAUGACCCUCGGAGCUUCGCGACCACAGCGCCCCUACAAGAAGGCAUGGAGGUCGUCACGGCUUCUGGCCGAUCACAGAUCUUGCUGCGGGCUCCGCCUUAUGCAUUUGUCGAACCCGUGUCGCCAAAGUGA